AUGCGUCCUAUUCUUUCCGCCGCUCUUUUUAUCGUUGCCUGCAAUGGCUAUUUCCUUGGACCCGUGUUUAAUACGCUAGGUCCAGGCCGUCAGGAGCAGCCUCGCAUGGCUGUGAACCCCUCGGAACUUGAGCAAUUCGCGAGGACAGAAAAGCGUGCCGAGUCGCACGUGAUGAAAAUUCCCAAAAUUCCCAAAAUUACCAGGAUUCCACCGGAAGACUUCGAGGAAGCAGGAAAGAUUCUAGCAAAGGCUCUGAAACAUGACGGUCAAAUAAAGAGAUACCGUAACCUUCUUGAUCCACUACUCGCCGCCGCGUCCAACGCUACAAAAUGCUAUGAAAAGUACAAGAGUAGCAGCGAUGACGUCAUUGGAGUUUGCGAUGACGAAUUCUUGAAAGUAGUAGACCUGCAAAAUCGACUCCUGUCGCUAGCUUCGAUGCCUGGUUUUCCAACCUCAUUGCUCUUCUCGGAGAAACUACCAGACGUGACCGAUUACCGCGAGAGCCUCCAAGGCAACGCAACCAAGGGCUUCCAAGAGGCUCUUGAUGGCCUUACUAAAGUCUUUGUCGAAGCGGAGAAAUUUCAACCCAUUGCAGAGCAACUACACCGCUAUCAUGAGCACCUGAAGAGCCUUAGAAAAGCUAUAUCCGAUGCUGAAGAUUGCUACGAGGCGUUUAUGACUAAAAUUGAAACAGAGGGAUUUGAAUCGCCGGAAGCCACCUCGGAGGUUUUGAAGCCCUGCACCGACCAAUAUGCAAUAGUCAAGGACAGACAACAUGAGCUUGAGGAAUUCCAAAACGGCACGUUGAAGGUCUCUGGAGGGAAAGUCUUCGCAGACCUCGAGCUGGCCAACCUACCGGUAUUGGAGGAGAAAACCGCAGACCUGGAAAAGGACAGGGCUAGAGCGGCCGCCUUGCUAAAGGAGGACGCGGACGAGGUGCGGCAGCUCAAUGCGACCAUCUUUGACGAGGUCAAUCUGGCCUUCAAUAACCUGACUGCUGAGACGGUACGCAACUUGCAAAAAUAUGUGUUACUUUCUGAGGCCAAAGCUGGCAAGUCGGCCAAGUCUGCUAUCGAAGCUGCAAAGAAGUGGUCGGAGCAGUUUUUGGCCGAGCUAUCAGCCAUGCCUGAGGCGAGGAUUCGUGACAUUGUUAUGGAUAUAAUGGCUUACACGAUGCUUGCGGAACCAAUUGCUAAGUAG